AUGACAGUGGUGACUACACUUGUCAGCGAAGAAGUGACACAGACACAAACCAAGGUGGUAGCCGCAGCUCAGCCUACACUGUGCGGAGAGUCUGGAAACUUCACGCUCACUUUUGACGAUACGGUGGUUGGUCCUGAAGACGAUAAUCUGAUAAUCGCGGAUGGCAUAACGAAUCCAUAUCACCAUCUUUUUUACGCAAACGGCUUUGCCAGCGUACCCGAUAAGUGGGAGCCAUAUCCCGCAGUCUCACAACCUAAUAUCGCGAUGUUCCUGCCACUCACAGGCCGUCUCCUGCCCAACACACCGUUCGCAGGCACUCUCCUACCAGGCGAGAUUGGUGCAGGACCGCGUGCUUCAGUCAGCGCAUACUGGUUCAACGCAUAUUCGAGCUUCUUCGGCUGCGCUCUGAACGGCCUCACGCCCUGCACGCUCCGCAUCUCAGGAUAUCGCUACGACACUGUGCUCAAGCAAGAAGUGCUUGUCGCGGAACAGAACGCGACGAUACCGGCUUGCUGGGGCUACAUCAACUGCCGCCUCAUGCAGGUCUUCUUCAACGACCAGUUCAGGGCGCUCUCUGGUAUCCAGUUCAACGCGUACACAUACAACCUUGGGAUUCCGCAGGUGCACAUGAUGGACGACCUGCAGAUGGAGUGGUAUAAUAACACGUGUUCGGCGGGCAUACUGAGGAUCGGUCAUCGCUAG